AUGUUUAGGCGCUGCUUGAAAAAACCGGCUAAAGGUAUAUCGAUAUUCAAUAGGGGCUUGAUACGGUUCCUGUCACUGAAGACAAUUGGCACACCCAAUGAAAAUGCGCUCAAGUUCGUUUCCAAAGAUUUCAAGUUUCUUCCAGAGUCUUUAACCAGCGCUGUUGAAGUCAACGAUCUCCCUGAAGCAUCGCAGAGAUCACCUUUAGCAUCAGAGCUUUUCAAACUCAAUGGAGUGAAAUCUUUGCUUAUUGGGCACAAUUUCAUUACAGUGAAUAAGGUUGAUCCAGAGCUCUCUAAUAAUCCCGACUUGCAUUGGGAUUCACUGUCUACAAAGGUGAUGAAUGUGAUAACCAAUGCUGUGGAUUCCAAUAUCCCUGUUCUUAAUCCUGAUUACUUGGACGAGAUAGUGAGGAAACAGGAUGAGGCUCAAGAGGACGACGAUGAUAUAACGUAUGAAAUUAAAGAACUCAUAAAUACGCGAAUCCGUCCCGCACUCCAGGAUGAUGGAGGUGACAUUCAUUUUAGGUCUUUCGAUCCAGAAAGUGGAACAGUUUACCUUAAACUUCAAGGUGCAUGCAAAUCCUGUUCUCUCAGUGAGGACACUCUGAAAAACGGCAUCGAAAGCAUGCUAAAACAUUAUAUUCCCGAAGUGGAAGAGGUGAAAGCAGUUCUGGAUCCUGAAGAAGAAAUCGCUUUACAAGAGUUCGAGAAGCUGGAAAGAAAACUGAAACAACAGCAGCAAAGUUUGUAA